AUGUCCAAGUUUGGCACAGACGAGAACCCCAUAGAUACCUCAUAUUAUGAGUUGUUAGACAUUCCUACUAAUGCUGAAGCUAUACAAAUUAAGAAGGCCUACAGAAAACUUGCCAUGGUUUACCAUCCAGAUAAAAACAAGGAACCAGGAGCUGAAGAGAAGUUCAAAGAAAUCUCAGAAGCUUAUCAAGUCUUAUCAGAUCCUCAAUUGCGUGCAGCAUACAACAAGUAUGGUAAAGACAAAGAGCUUGCUCCAGAAGGUGGAUUUGCCGACCCUCGUGAGUACUUUCAACAAAUGUUUGGUGGUGAUGCAUUUAGAAGCAUCAUUGGUGAAUUAGCUGUUGGUGAAAUGUUUAGUGAUGCCCAACAAGACGAACUCGAAAAACAAGGCACCGCUGCUGAGGGAAGUGAAGAUAGCGAAAAGAAGCUAAUGAAUAAGGAGCAAAUGGAGAAGAUGCAAAAGCAACAACAGGAACGUGUUGAUAAGCUAGCAGAGACACUCAAGUUGAAAUUGGCAUUGUUCACUGAGAGCGAAGGCGACCAACAAGCGAUAACUGCAUUCCAGGAUCAAAUCAAACAUGAAGCAGAAAAGUUAAAAAAUGAAAGCUAUGGUCUUGAGUUACUUCAUUCCAUUGGUGGUGUGUAUUCUCUCAAAGCCAAGCAUUACUUGGGUAUUAAGGGUGGUGGCAUGCCUAGUAUCUUCCUUGGAUUCAAGCAAAAGAAACACAUUGUCAAGGAGCUCUGGACUACAGUGAAGGUUGCUAUGGACGUUCAGCAAGCUGCAGAAAUGAUCUCGAAAGCAGAAGAAAAGGGUAUGGAUGAUUCAGACAAGAUGAAGUUGGAGGAAGAAGUGACAACCAAGACCUACAAGGCAUUAUGGCAGACCUCCAAAUUUGAAGUUGAGGCUACAUUACGUCAAGUGUGUGAUAAGGUGCUUCAAGAUAAGGAGGUUGACAGCAAGACUCGUCAAAAGAGAGCAAUAGCAUUGAAAUGGGUUGGGUAUAUUUACAAACAUACCGAAGCAGAUAAAUCUUGUAUGGAUUUACAAAUUAAGCCGUAA